AUGGUCGCCACACAGAUCCGUACCGUCGACAAGAGCGGCCAUGAAAUGACUUCAGUGGGCUUUCAGCGGUUUGGAUUUGACUGCGAGGUCCCCCUCGAUGUCCUGCGCUCUCUCUACCUGAGACCGCAUUACGUCCUUACCGCUCAGUCCGAUGGAUCCCAGACCCCCAACCCCGCCGAGCAGGAAGAGCAACAUGCGAGGUUCACCCACGCUCUCGCCGGCUACCAGUCCAAAUCGAUCUAUCAUCCCGACACCCAGUCCAUCUCCUACACGACUCUGUCUCGCUUCCCGCCGGUCAAGCUUCUUCCUCCUUCAUCUCGCAAGCGCAUCCUUGUGACGGGAGGCGCAGGUUUCGUUGGCUCGCAUCUCGUCGACCGCUUGAUGCUGCUCGGUCAUGAAGUCACUGUCUUGGACAAUUUCUUCACCGGAUCCAAGACGACUGUCAGCCACUGGGUUGGUCACCCGAACUUUGAGAUGGUUAGGCACGAUGUCGUCGAGCCGUUCAUGAUCGAGUGCGAUCAAAUCUACCACCUUGCUUGCCCGGCAUCGCCUCCCCACUAUCAGUUCAACGCGGUCAAGACCAUCAAGACUUCAUUCAUGGGCACUCUGAACAUGUUGGGUCUCGCGAAGCGGACGAAAGCUCGCUUUUUGAUCACGAGCACAUCCGAGGUCUACGGUGACCCCGAAGUGCACCCCCAGCACGAAGACUACUGGGGACACGUUAACCCCAUCGGGCCGCGCGCCUGCUACGACGAGGGCAAGCGUGUUGCGGAAACCCUGACUUACGGCUUCCACCGUCAGGAUGGCGUUGACGUCCGUGUUGCCCGCAUUUUCAACACUUACGGCCCGCGCAUGAACCCAUUCGACGGACGCGUCGUCUCCAACUUCAUCGUGCAGGCCCUAAAGGGCGAGGACAUGACCGUCUACGGAGACGGCAAGCAGACGCGCUCCUUCCAGUACAUCCACGACCUCAUCGAUGGUCUGAUCGCGCUCAUGAAUUCGGACGAGACCCGUCCGACGAACAUCGGCAAUGGUGACGAGUUCACGAUCGGCGAGUUCGCCGAGCUCGUGCGCGAGAUUGUCGAGGAGGUGCAGAAGGAGGAUGGCGACGAGCUCCCUAACCGCGUCAAGAUCGUCUACAAGCCGAUACCCACGGACGAUCCGCAGAAGCGCCGGCCUGACACGACUCGGGCCAAGCAGAGCCUCGACUGGGAACCCCGCUGGAGCGUGCGCAUGGGAUUGGAGGAGAUGGUGCGGUACUACAAGGCCAAGAUGGCGGAGGGCAGCAUCUGA